GAGCUAGAUGAAGAAAGGAGGAAACUCAACGCUAAAACCAAACAGAUGGACUGCGCUUGUGGCCUGAAAAAAGAAAACGUUAAACUGAAAGAAGAAAUGCAAAUGAUAAAAAUGGAGUUUCACGAGCUUCGGCAGCGGAUACGAGACUUCGAGGAAGACCGAAGGAGACAGGAUGAAUGUAUUUGCUCAAUAAAAGCGGAGAAAAAAACGCUGGCAGAACAAAAUCAAUGUUUCCAAAAAGAACUUGAAGAGCUGCAGAAAAUGCCACGUGGUAGCUCCAUACUGCGCGACUGCAUAUGCGGGGUCAAGAAAGAGAACGUACAACUGAAACAAUGCAACGAAGCGCUACAGAAAGAAAUAGCUUCGCUUCACCAGAGUAUGAAAGAUUCUGGAGACAUGAACGCGGAGCGUUGUCCGCGAAACCAGCAACACUCUCACCGCUUGGUGUCGGAGCGGCACCGCGAGCUGCGCGGCUGCCGGGGCUGCCUGCUGGACCAGCUUGAUCACACCGCAGAAGUGCUGGAGGAGCGGUCCCGGCAGCUGGCGGCGGCGCGCACGCGGGUGCGGGACCAGGACAAGAUCAUCAAGGAGAUAGGGAACAGCCGGACCUGCAAGCAGGGCAUCACUGCGAAGCUGGAGUCUCUGUCGGAACUAAGGUCAGAUAAUCGAGACCUCGUCGAUGAAAAUAUGAAGCUAGAGAAUGAAAACGCAGAGUUGAGAACCAGACUAUGCAGAUUGGAGGAAGCAAUUGCGAAUAAAAAUAUUCACAUCACAGAAAAUGACCACAAUCCAAACGUAAAUCAGACCAACUGCAAAUGUGAUUUGAGGUCAGCCAACUUGAGACUGCAGGAAGAAAACGCCAAAUACGAGCUGGACAACUCGUCGCUGCGCUCGGCGCUGAGCCAGCUGGAGAGGACGGUGGCGGACUACGAGCAGCGGCUGUCCUGCCACCAGGAACAGGGAAGCAUCACUUCAGCGAUCCCACCACACUGGCUAGAGGGCGCAACGGUCCGGCGCAUGCGGCCCGGCCUGUGCGGGCAGGACUUCCGCCCGCGCGCGCUCGUGGCAUCCAUGCCACUGGACCAGGUGUUGGCGAGUGAUGACGUCACGCCGUGUGGUAGGGGGAGAUAUACCUUCGUGCAGAGCUUUAACGUGUUCAGCGCGGACACGCACACGCGAGUGGAGGAGUCGCCGCAGAGCAGCGAGGAGGCACUGCCCGAGACAUGGCCGGACCAGCCACACGACCGGGACGACUGUCUGUGCGAACUGAGGAAACUCAACGAGCGGCUCAUUCAGGAAAACGCUCAGUAUGAAGUGGACAACGCCGAGCUACACGUCACCGUCGCAGAACUAGAGAAACAACUACAGGAUAAUGUACAACUAGCCAGUUGCAAUUGUGAACUGAAGAAACUAAAUGAAGAGCUGAAGGAAGAAAAUAUGAAAUAUAAAGUUGAGAAUGACGGCCUCAGGAAGCAGAUGGCGGCGAUGGAGGGGACGAUAUCCAACUACGAGGACCACGUCCAGGACCUACAACGCAACUAUGAGGCGGAGAGAGAAGAGAUAAAGAAAGAGACUAUGGAGCUUGUAGAAGAAAACGCUAAGUUUGAAUGUGAGAAGGCGGCGCUGUGCGGAGAGGUGCGGCGUCUGGAGCAGUCGGUGGAAGCUCUGAAGCAGGAGUAUGAACAGAAACUACUGCUCAAGCAGGAAGAGUUGGAAUGCUUGAGUGGAAUCCAGGAGGCCAAUGAUCAGAUUAUCGAAGAAAACAAAACAUAUGCCGAAACGAUUCAUAAAUUAGAAGAGUCGAUAUCAAGAAUGCGCAAAGAGUACGAGCUGAAGCUGAGGAAGCAGGGGGAGGAGUUGGAGUGCAUGUGUGGGCUGAAAGAAGAAAACAAACAAUUAAUGGAAGACAAUGCUAGAUUAACUGCGGAGUUGUCUGAGCUGCAGGCGUCGAUGGUUGCCUGGGAGAAAGACCUCGCGGGCCGGGACCAGCGCGUGAAGCAGCAUGAAGACAGGAUUAAGGCUUUGGAGGAACAGCUUGGACAUGCUGAGCAUUUUUAUAGCUCUGGACGGCAACUUUAG